CCUAAAACAACAAAACUGAACAGCAUCUACUACCGCUUUGCCCUUUGCCAUCCUUGCAUUACAGACACACUCAACUCAUCUCACCGUAAUAACCAAAACUACAAUACUGUCAUUAUGUCGUGUAGAACCUUCGGGAAAUUACUACAGUUGGAUUUUUUCACAUUUCUUUGAUUUUUGAAGGGUUUUAAUCAACAACAAUAACCUCGUUCUUGUGAAACAUCAAAACAGAUUUGUUUGUUGUGGAGUGAUUCUGAUUCUAAGAUGGCAUUUCUGUCUGGAUUUCAGCGUUUGAUUCGCCACACACCACUUCUUAACUCCCACUUCACUUCAAUUCGUCUCAAUUCAACUCUCACUUCCCCCAAACUUUUCGUUAGCGGUCUUUCGAGACUGACAACAGAUGAAAAGCUUACUGAAGCAUUUUCUCCUUUUGGGCAGCUAACUGAAGCUAAGGUGAUAAUUGACAGAGCUUCUGGAAGAUCAAAGGGUUUCGCGUUUGUAUCUUACGCAACCGUAGAAGAAGCUGAAAAGGCAAGAGAAGGAAUGAAUGCUAAAUUUUUGGAUGGAUGGGUUAUAUUUGUUGAUCCUGCUAAACCAAGAGAACCAAGACCUCCUCCGCAAUCACAAUCUGAGCAGCCUCAAACAGGUUUCACGGUUAAUAAGACUGUCGGGUGGUGUGGUUGACAAUUGAAGAAAUUUAGAUUGAUUAAUCUCAUAGUGUUGAGGGUGUAAUAAUAUUAUAAGGACCUUAUAAUUCAACUUAGCCAACUAUACUGUGAUUUUUUGUACCAAUCAGUGAUAAUUAUUUAUUGUUGAAAAUUUUGAUGUCAAAUUGGAAACUAAUUGUUCCUGCAUUGAUGUAAUAUGAACUCCUUCCUUACUUUUCCUCCUUAUUUGUAUUAUUAUCAGAUAUUUGCUAGUGUUUUUUCAUUA